AUGGCUCAGCCCGCUGCCGACUCCAACGUUGACCCUCAGGUCGCCCGCGCCCUCUACAUCAAGACUGGUGUCGUCAGCCGUCUCUACAAGGAGGAGCAGACGUACCGUGUCGAGAGCGCCGAGGCCAAGCAGAACGUCGAGAAGCUGAAGAAGGCCAAGGCCGACGGAGCCGACAUUCGUAAUGCUGUGAGUUCGCUACACGUCUCGCUUCUGGUUUCGUGCCUCUCACACGACAUUGCCGCCCCAGCCAAUACCCCACUCGACCGAGAACAGAGGCCCAAGCGCACAGCUGACCGUCCUGUCGGUGGCGGUGGCGGAGGCAGGGCUGAACGACAAUGUAUCAGCGGUGGUGGGACGCCGACGUGCCUCGGCGUCGAGGCCGUCCAGAAGGACUGCGAGCAGAUGGUUCCCCUCACGGUGAAGAAGCUGCAGGCCGCGUAUGAGGACCUCGUGCACCUCAUGAACGGACUCGAGAAGGACCCGAUCGCCGAGACGCAGCAGUGGGCCGACGCGAAGAAUGUCCUCCAGAUCGUCAUGAACCACUGGCAGUCCAUUGGUGGUCCUUAG